AUGGCUUGUUGGUGGCUCGCGGUCUGCCUGCUGUCGGGCAUCGCUGCUGGAGAACAACUGGUGGGAGGGCUUCAGGUCGACUCCCCCGACGACCCGCAAGUGACCCAAGCUGCUCGCAUCGCCGUGAACUUGUACAACAGGCAAUCCGACGACAUGUACAUGUACUCCGUGGUCAAAGUCAUCUCGGCAGAAAGUCAGGUGGUAGCAGGAGUCAUCUACUACCUGGACGUAGAGACAGUGCGCUGUAUGAAACGCCAAAGUCCACAUAUGGAAUCGUGUCCUCAAAGCGACAAGACGGAGGUAAUAAAUGUCGCUCUAAUACGUCAUCAAUGUGGAUGUAAAAAUACAAAUGAAUGUUUCACCUUCCUUGGAAUUCUCUCUCCGCAGACCUUUGUGUGCCACUUUGAGCUGCUGGAAGUUCCCUGGGAAAAUUCCAAUCAGCUCUUGAAGGUUCAGUGCAGACCGUCGGUACCAAAAGUGAGUGCCAGCGCAUUGCUGGGUGGGAUAACACCCCUGUCCCCAGACACCCCCCGCGUACAGCAGCUGGCCCAGUACGCUGUGAACCAGUACAGAUUGGAUGGCCAGGACAAGUACACCUACAGCAUGAUCAAGGUGCUCUCCGCCCAGGAACAGGUAAGGCUGUUGCUCACGCAGACCGCUUCUACGAGACGAGCAUCCCCAGCCCGUCACGUAACGGAUGCUGUUCCAACAGGUGGUGAACGGACUGCUAUACUACCUGCAAGUUCUGAUGGGAGAAUGCGUUAAAGAGUCCGCCGUUUGCACGGCCAACUCCAGCUCCAAGGUGAGGAUCGCUGCUCGACACAACAUUCGUACCUGUGACAAGCCUGUCCUUCACCGCCCUGCUUCUCUCAAACAGCUUGACGUGCGCUUCUGCACAAAUGAGGGUGCCAGGUGUAGAGGAGGUGGAGGUGGUGAUGGUUAAACACGUGUGGUCAUGAAACCCUAGGUUUGUGUUUAAAAUGACUUGUAGUGUCCUUUGAAAGAAGUGCUGAAACCGGUGUCGUGUCUUUGCCAGACGCUCCUGUGCCAUUUCACCCUCUGGCAGCAAGCGGGGCGACUUGGUGAGCUCCAGGUCCUGAAGAGUACAUGCAGCCCUUCUGUGUCUCAGUGAGAGAACGGUCACAGAGGGGUCCACUGCCCGAGGGGGAGGAGUGCAAAAACUGCUCAUCCCCGAGGAGCUCUUAUCUCACUUUUGCACAGGAACACAUUUGUCUUAUAUGCGUUGUUUUACAUUCUGCUUCACCCGGCAAAUACAUUUCAACAUAAAUACUAUUUCUAU